ACAGUUGCCUCUAGAGAUAGCUACCGAAAUGACCAAGUUCGUUGCGAAGAAAGCUAUCCUGCUGCUCUCCCUGCUCCUCCUGGGCACGGCGGAGUCCAAGCCACUGGAUGGGGAACAGCAUCAUAUCGAGGAUCAGCAUGUGCGAAAGGAGCGUCAGCUGAAGAUGGCCGGCUCAGCGGAUCCAGAUGUUAAAAUGGUGGCCAACGUGACUCCAGCGACGGGAUCUCAACCAAUGUCGAUGACCAUGGGUGUACCAAUGAACCAGAUGGCACUGAGCUCGGUCGGUGGCCAGUUGGUGCGGUAUCCCAACUACCCGGGUCUGAUCUAUCCUGGCCUAGCACCGGCACCUGGUCUAAAUGGCGUUCCCGGUCUGCCGACGAACAUUGCCAACAACUAUCCCUCGUAUCCGGAUCCGAAUCUGGCAGGCUCAGUUCCCGGCUUCAAUCCGUUUGGCUCAUUCGGCUAUCCAGGCGUGCCACCCAUGUAUGGAAACUCAUUGAUGUAUCCCAACCCCCAGCUGCCCAAUGGAUUUGUGCCCAAUCCUGCCGUAGAUAACUUCCAAUCGCUGAACAAUAUUGUCAAUAUGGCCAAUGUUCAGGGAUUGGCUGGCGGCAGUUCCAGACUAUAUCCAGCACCCCAAGGAUUCGGUGGAGCCAAUCCGGGAUUGUAUCCAGCACCUCAGGUCAACAUGCAGGGAUUGUAUCCACCAUCCGGUGGUUUCCUGGAGCGCAUGAACAUGCAGGGCUAUGCCCCCGGCUUUUAAUUGAGCCUUAAAGCUCCAUAAAUAAUAAGCUAAUUUAUUUUAUUUAUUUCGAUAAAUACAAGAACAUUUAUACAACAGA